CACGUUUGUUUUGUUGAUUUCCCUGAAAGACAAGUUUUUUGCAUUUUAUUUAAUUAUGAACCUAUCUACGAGUCCAAAGAAGAAAAAAGGUGGACCAGAUGUCCACAAAAGUGCUAAGAAGAAGAAAAAGCAACUUCCUGCUGAGAAUGCAGAAGUUGCGCAGGAAAUAUCCACGAUGAGCAUUGCAGUUCCCGGAUCAAUUCUGGAAAAUGCUCAUUCCUUGGAGCUAAAGACGUAUCUGGCGGGGCAGAUAGCUCGAGCAGCUUGUAUAUACAACGUGGAUGAAAUUGUUAUAUUCGAUGACUCAGGGAGUUCAAUUCCAACAGAGAAAAAUGGACAGGAGGAAGAGAUGUUGAACAGAAAGGGAUGCUGUUCACAAAUGGCCAGGAUUUUGCAGUAUCUGGAGUGUCCGCAGUACCUUCGGAAGUUUUUCUUUCCCCUGCACAGAGAUCUGAAGUACUGCGGAUUGCUAAAUCCACUGGAUGCUCCUCAUCAUUUGCGACAGAAUAAUAAUUUUAUGUUCCGGGAAGGAGUUGUCACAGAGAAGCCGACGAAAUCGGGCAGAGGAAGUCAUGUCAAUAUCGGUUUGAGGAAGGAUGCUGCAGUGGAUGAAACACUGACGACAGGGAUUCGAGUUACUGUGAAAUUGAACCUUGAGGAAAAGGAGGGAAAAAGGAUUAAAGGAACUGUAGUCUCUCCGUCACUUCCAAGGCAGGAAACAGGAGUCUACUGGGGCUACAGUGUCCGGAUGGCGGAAAAUAUUUCCCAGGUGUUCUCCCAAUCGCCCCACGAAGACGGAUAUGACUUGAUUAUUGGGACAUCUGACAGAGGGAAGAAUAUUCAAGACAUUGGAUCCAGGGAAUUAGCCUACAAACAUGGAAUUGUUGUCUUUGGAGGAGUAAUGGGCAUUGAAUAUGCCCUGGAAAAUGACCCAAAGCUCAAUUCCACUGAGCCUGAAUUGCUAUUUGAGCACUACAUUAAUACAGCUCCAAAUCAAGGAUCCCGUACCAUCCGGACGGAGGAAGCUGUCCUGAUAACCCUGGCUGGUCUCCAGAGCAAACUGAAUCCUCUCAAUGAAGCAAAGCCAUUUGAUUUAUUCAGUUGUAUUCCUCAGAGUCAAGAUACAAAGGCAUCCCAAGCAUCCUCCAAUAAUAAAUAAUACAUAAUUCAACAUGAAUUUUAUAUUAUUCUUAAUAAAAAAAGGCAUUAAAUUUCCGAAAAAA